CCCAGGGCGAGCCGGGCUCGGCGGGAGGGGACAGGAGACGCGGUGUGUGAGCGCGGAGCGGCUCAGAGCCGGGAUGGGAGCCGCGCGAGAGAUCUGCAGCUAGCGCAGCUGCACUUGCUCAGCCGGCAGCAGGGAGGCUCAGGGGGGUCUUAUUUUCCUGUAGGUAAGGAUUGGAAAGAUGAGCCUUUAAACAGAAAGGUCAGAGUGUCUAACAUCAGAAGGAGGAGGAGGACUUAAAACAUGAGAAGGAUGAGCUCAUAUGCGGAUAUCUGUAGCUCCAAGCAAGCGCAGAGCAGCACGGAGGGAAGUUAUCAACGCUAUGGAGUUCGAUCCUAUCUGCAUCAAUUUUAUGAGGACUGCACAGCUUCAAUUUGGGAGCAUGAGGAUGAUUUUCAGAUCCAGAGGUCACCUAGCAGGUGGAGCUCUGCAUUCUGGAAGGUCGGACUCAUCUCUGGGGCGGUUUUUAUGCUGAUCGGGUUAACAGUUCUUGUCGUAGGUUUUCUUGUGCCACCGAAAAUCGAAGCCCUUGAGGAAGAAGAUUUUGUUGUUGUGGAUAACCAUGCCAUUCAGUUUAACGGAGCCCUUGAUAUAUGUAAGCUGGCAGGAGCGAUCUUAUUUUGUAUUGGUGGGACCACAAUGGCAGCAUGCCUGUUGAUGUCUGCUUUUGCUAAAAGCUACUCCAAAGAAGAAAAGUACCUUCAGCAAAAGUUUAAAGAGAGAAUAGCAGACAUAAAAGCCCAUGCACACCCAGUCACAAAAGCACCAGCACCAGGAGAAUCGAAAAUACCUGUCACUUUGUCCAAAGUUCAAAACGUCCAACCUUUAUCAGAAACCUGACAUUUCUCUUUUUAAUUUAUACAUCAUUUAAUUUGAAAAGGUCAGCCUUUGUGAGCAUAUGAAUUUGUGUUUACAGUACAGCUUCAAGUACUCUGCUCUGUAAGAGGGGGACUGAUUGGAAACCUUAUCUAGCAGAAUUUAGAUGCUGGCAAAUGAGGGAAGUUUAGGUGAUUAGUGCUUUGAAUAAUGUAUUUACAUGUUCAAAUAUAUGAAUUGUGUAAACAAGUGUUCACCUAUGUUGAUCUAGGUCAACCUACCAACACAGUUACAACAACACUGGAGGGGGAGAGAAAAGAUUUAACUUCUUAUCAGUUUCUGUGUCAUUUGAGAAAAAUGGGCAUUUUUAUACCAAUUGUAUCAUGGCCAUCCAAAAUUAUACUCUGUUUAAAGUUAAUGUGGUGUGUUCUUUUUUUAGCUAUGGUAGUUUUUAAAACUUUUUUUUUAGACUUGGUGUUCUUUCACUUUCCAGUCCUGCUGUACAUGGUGUAAUAUCCUGACCUCUUUAUCCAUGUUUGUAGUCCUGUCGUUUUCAAUAGUCUCUAUAAAAAGAAGAGUGUACAUAUACACAUUCUAGGUCUCUCACACAGAAGAAACUGUGCUGCCCCGAUUUUGAUUAAGGCAAUUCAGUGUUUCCAGAUGGGAAACAAACUUAAUUUUAGGCCCAAAUUUGUCACCAUCUUUCCUUUUUAAAAUCACCAAAUUUUGUUAACAACAAAUGCAAAAUAAGGAAAGCAAGAUUAUGAAACAUCCUAUUUUAAUUAAGAAAAAGAACUCCACAUUUCCCCAUUGGUUGUUUGGUGUGGUGUCCCUCAUCAUGAGUCUUUGCCAAACAUUCUUAAAACUCGUAACACACAUUUGGGCCUUGGCAGGAUGAGAAUUAAACUAUGGUUUAAAGCAGUGGUUAACAACUGGUCAAUCGCGAUCAACUGGUCAAUCCUAGAGGAUCUCCCUGUCGAUCGUGAUUUCCAGUGGCAGUGCAGUGUGGCUGCCUAAGGCUACUCUGCCCCCACGCCACUCCUGGAAGCAGUCACUGCAGCCCUGUGGCCCCAGGAGUGGGAGAGCAGGGGUCUCCCUCGAUGUGCACUGCUCCUGCCUGCAAGCACCACUCUCUCAGCUCCCAGUAGCCGGGAGAGCUGUAGGGGAUGGUGCUUGCAGAGAUGGGCAGGGCACGGAGCCACAUGCCCUCCACCCUCCCUAUCCCAGGGGCUGCAGGAGCACAUUGGCCCCUUCCGGGAGCAGCGUGGGGGCAGGGUAGGCAUGGAGCCUGCCUUAGCUUUGCUGCACCCACUGCUGACUUGGAGCCACUGGAGGCAAGUGCUGCCUGGUGGGAGGCCACACCCCAACCCCCAUCCCUGAGCCCCCUCCCAGAACUAGCACCCCAUACCCCCUCCUGCACCCCUGCCCUCC